GAGAAGUACCAGAAGAUCAAGAAGAAGAAGAUGCAGACGCCCCUCGACGAGCUGUGCGUAGGCUUCCCCGACGCCUUCAAGAGGUACCUCGAGACCGCCAGGAAGCUGGAGUUCAGGGAGCGGCCGGACUACGUCGCAUUGCGUCAGCUGUUCAAGGAGGUGCGCGCGACGCUGAAGCCCCCGGUGGACGAAGGCGUCUCCCCCCAGGCGGGCGGGAAGUCUGGCCAAGGGGUUGUGCAGGACCACCACUUCCAGUGGUUCGACGGCAGAGACCUGGGAACCCUCACGCCCCUGCAGCCAUGGGACCCGCCCCGCCAGCCGGACGACCUGGAGGUCCGAAAGGGCGGCUCCGGCUUCUUCUGCGGCUGCUUCGGCAAAGGCAGCGUCAAGGACUAAUACCCACUCGCCGCCCGCUCUCGAGUCCUGCAAUGCGGGGCACCACGAGCCAGCGGGUGGCGUCGGGCCGAUCCUUCGCCGGAGACCGAGGAGCUGACGGUGGGCGCUUGUUCCCUUCCCCGCCGCCCGCCGGGCAGAUGCCGCCCCCGGCCACCCCUAACGCUGCCUCGAGGACCAAGAAGCCACAUACGGUAGCCACCCCGACGCUGCUUUUAAGUCGGGCCUGUCCCCUCUACAGGAGG